AUGUCGCAAUAUCCCUUCCGCCAUUCCACAUAUUUCACGGGUGGAGACCCCGUGCAUACCUCCGAGCUUCCGCCAAUGAACAGCACGGAAGAUAUCCUGCAGGAUAUUUUCAUGCGCGAUCGUAAUACUGUGUAUGUCGCUCGUCCGCUGGGGAAGAAGAACCCGUUUAGAAAGGUUGUAAGCUACGUUAAGAACCUUCGACGCGAAUCGCGUAUACUCAUUCCUCGAAAUAUGAGUGUUAUAUUUUGA